UAUAAAUUACCCUCCCUCGAGCAUUCACCAACUCAUCAAUUGAGGAAAGAAUUAUAGAAAAAAGAGUGAUUAAUAUUCUGAGAAGGAAGGAAAAGAAACCAAAGAAAUGGCAGACCAAUCAAACAUGAGUUUCCAGGCUGGCCAGGCUGCAGGCCAGGCCCAGGUGAAGAAGGACGAUUUGGUGAGCAAGGCGUCGCAAGCCGCGCAAGAGACCAAGGAGCAAGCUGCGGGGUACAUCCAGCAGACCGGAGAGCAGAUCAAGAACAUGGCUCAGGGGGCGUCCGACGCGGUGAAGAACGCCGCGGGGAUGGCUGCAGACAACAGCGGCAGCGCCGCGACCACCACCAGGACCACCGUCAGCAAGCACUAGUGAUCAUGCGUGCAUGGGGGCUCGGGACGGACCUAAUAACAACAACGAGUUGGCUUCAUUUUUUUUUGCGUUUUUUUUUGUUUUCGUUGUGUUUGCUGUUGGAUCAAUAAGCUAGACAGAAAUCAUGACUAGCUAGUUUGAUCAAGUCCAGACUCCUUGAUGAGGUUGGAUGUGUUUAUUUGUGUUUCGAUGUAGUGAAAUUGAUGGCACGUACUUGCUUUCUAUGAGAAUUGUGCAUGCUCAAUUUUAGAAAUGGGUUUCUUCUUCUUCUUC